AUGGCGGGCGCCAGAGAAGACGGAGACGACGAUCAGUUCUUCUCCAUGGAAGCUAAGCCGCUCACCAUUAGAAUCUCCGGCGGCGCUCGCGGGGACUCCGGCGAGAAGUCCGUCCCCAUCUCGCCGGCCAUCUCCAUCUCCAUCUCCCCCCACCUGAACUCCCCUUCUCUCAUCUCGCCGCCCUCCUCCGCCUUCGUCUCUGCCCUCCAGUCGCCCUACAUUUCUCCGAGGGCCUUCAUCCCGCCGCCGCCGUCGUCCACCGCCGCCACCAGCACCAACACCACCUCCCUCCCGUCGCCCACCUCCUUCUCCGACGACCUCCCCAGCACCUCCCACACCCCUCCGUCGGAGAGCUUCGACUACCCAAAACCCGAAGCGGCGGCGCCGCCGCCGCGGAUCUCCUUUUCCUUCCCCGUCCCCAGAGUUUCCUUCACCAAGGCCUCCAUCUCCCCCUCCUCCAACGCGAAGCUCCGCAGCUGCGACGUCUUCAUCGGCUUCCAUGGCCAGAACCCUAAUCUCGCCCGCUUCUGCAAGUGGCUGAAGUCGGAGCUGGAGCUUCAGGGCAUCGCCGCCUUCGUCGCCGACAGGGCGAAGUACUCAGACACUCAGAGCCACGAGAUCGCCGACCGGAUAAUCUGCUCGGCCACGUUCGGCGUGGUGAUCGCCACCAGUUGCAGCUUCCUGAACCCCUUCACCAUCGAGGAGAUCAGAUUCUUCUCCCAGAAGAAGAACCUCGUCCCUCUCUGGUUCGACACCGAGCUCUGCGAGAUCGCGAGGCUGCUCGAAAGCAACCCAGAAGACAAGGAAUGGAGGGACGCUUUCGAUGGCCUGAGCAGAUUCAGCGAGCUCAAGCUCGAAGCAGAUGAGAGCAACUGGAGGGCCUGCAUUUCCAGAGCGGUCGCCAUCCUGAGAUCAAAGCUCGGGAGGAAGAGCCUCGCGGAGGAGCUCUUGCAGGAGCUCCCGUUUCUCCGGAACAGAUCGUUCGUCGGGAGGGAGAAAGAGCUCGCAGAGAUCGAAUCUGCCUUCUUCGGAUGCGGGUUUUCUCACGACAACGAGUUCUCCAAGCCCCCAGGCAUCAAUGGCGGCUCCGGCGGUCUCUCCGACGGAUUCGCCGACGAGGAAACCGACGCCAUUAAGAGCAACGGGAGAUUCAUCAACCUGGAGAUGAGGAAUUCCAAGGAACCCACUGCGGAGGCCUGGAUCGACCCGCCGCCGAUUGAAAUUGCCAGCAGAGGAAGGAACCCACUCCAGAAGCAGAGAUCGAAGCAGAAGAGAUCGAAGCUCGUCGGUGGGAAGAGCCAUGGCACUGCCAGCGUCGUCUGCAUUAGCGGCCUUUCCGGCAUUGGGAAGACGGACCUCGCUCUGGAGUUCGCCCACCGCUACUCCCAGAGGUACAAGAUGGUCCUCUGGGUCGGCGGCGAGGCCAAGUUCUUCCGGCAGAACAUUCUGAACCUGUCGAUGAACCUGAAGAUGGAUGUCAGCGCAGAGACGGAGAAGGAGCGGGGAAGGAUCAGGAGCUUCGAGGAGCAGGAGAUGGAGGCCUUCCAGAGGGUGAAGAGGGAGCUGUUCAGAGAUAUUCCUUACCUGCUGGUGAUCGAUAAUCUAGAAACAGAGAAGGAAUGGUGGGAAGGGAAGGACCUCCAUGAUUUGAUCCCCAGGAACACCGGAGCGACCCAUGUGAUAGUGACGACGAGGCUGCACAAGGUGAUGAGCUUCGAGCCGAUCCACCUCCAGCCGCUGUCCAUGGCGGACGCGUUGACUUUGAUGGGUGGGAGGAGGAGGAAGGAGUAUUCCGCCGGGGAGAUGGAGGUUCUGCGGAAGUUUGACGACAGGCUGGGGAGGUUGACCUUUGGUUUGUCGGCGGUGGGGUCUCUGUUGACCGAGCUGGAGGAGAUCUCUCCGGCGCAGCUGUUCGAGGCCGUUGACGGCGUCUCCCUCUGCGAUGACUUCUGCUCUGCCAGAGAAGAAGAUCCCCUCUGGCAGAGCAACCCCUUCCUCAUGAAGAUCUUGAUCUUCUGCAUGGCGAUUCUCGACCAGGCCGCCGGAGCGAAGAGCCUCUCCUCGAGGAUGGUUCUCGCCGGCGCCUGGUUCGCUCCGGCGCCGGUCUCCGCCGUCCUCUUGGCGGCGGCGGCCAGCGACAUUCCGGAGAAGGGGAGCCACCGGCGGCGAUGGAGGACCUCUCUCUGCUGCUACUCAUCCCCCUGUUUGCAGGUCCCUCGAGCUCGGAGGAGCGAGGUGGAGUCCGCUCUAAUGGCGGUGAAGCUGGGUCUUGCCAGGAGAGCCACCAAGCGACCUGGCUUCUGGGUCCAGCUCCACCCCAUCACUCAAUCCUUCGCCAGGAGAAGAUCCGGACUGCAGCCGGCGAAGGCGGCGGUCAACGGGAUGAAAAAGAUCGGCGACCCAGCGGCGAACUGGGACCAUCUCUGGGCCGCCACCUUCCUCGUCUUCGGCUUCAAGUCGGAUCCCCCUCUGGUUCAGCUGCAGGCGGCGGAGAUGGUCGUCUUCAUCAAGAGGAUCGCCAUCCCCCUGGCGAUCCGCGCCUUUGCGACCUUCUCGAGGUGCAGCUCUGCGCUGGAGCUUCUGAAGGUCUGCACGGGGGUGAUGGAGGAGGCGGAGAAGACGUUCGUGUCGCAGGUGCAGGGAUGGCGGCGAGGUUCUUCUUGCUGGAAGGCGAAGUUGCAGGCGGGGGGGCAGAAGGUGGACGAGCUCGUGUGGCAGGAGGUAACGCUGUUGAAGGCGACCCUGCUGGAGACGAGGGCCAAGCUGCUGCUCCGAGGAGGGCACUUCGACAGUGGGGAGGAGCUCUGCAGGACCUGCAUCAGCAUCAGGACGGUGAUGCUCGGCCACGGCCAUGGCGAGACCUUGGCCGCUCAAGAGACGCUGGCCAAGCUCGUCAGGUUCCGCAGCAAGGUUUGA